UGGAAGCUUGGUUGCACCGUAUUUUGCGACUGCGUCGAAUGGACGUGGAUCCUCCGUGAACUCCAGAUUCCCUUCAGUUUACGCUGCGCACCCGAUCUGAUAUCCCGAAUUGAUACCCCGUUGCUAUACUUUACAAAUUCAUAUUAUACUUUCCUCUGUGGCGUGAAACUUUUAUCGUGUGUUUGAUUAACAUUUACUGAAGAGAUACUUUCUUUUUAAAUAGAUACAAAAUUUCCGAUCUCCAAAAUUGAAAUUAAAGUAUCAGUGCGGAACUUCUUCUUGGAAAGAAUCUCUCGAUUGCUCAGAUUUACGCAAUAUAAUCUAAUGCAGACGUAGACCUUAUCUUUAAUCGAUUCUAUCAUUCUAUCUGCGAUAACCAUAUGCGAUUACAUCUGGGAUAAAAAACAUCACGACAAGAUGGUGAUACCAGGUGACGUUUUUAAUAUAAAUGCAAGCUCCAUAAUGGAGUACGAAUAUGAUGAUUAUGUACCAUAUUCUCAAAGAGCUGAAACUUACAUCGUACCCGCAAUAUUUUCGUUAAUUCUGAUCGUGGGCGUAACAGGAAACGGUAUCUUGGUUCUCAUUUUGCUAUGUCAUACCAGUAUGAGAAAUGUACCAAACACGUACGUGCUGUCUUUAGCUCUGGGCGAUCUGCUGGUGAUUGUGACUAGCGUACCUUUCACAUCGAUUCUUUACACGAUCGAAUCAUGGCCAUGGGGUUUAACUAUCUGCAAACUAUCUGAAUGUGCUAAAGAUAUUUCGAUUGGCGUGUCGGUAUUUACUUUAGCUGCUUUGUCAGCCGAAAGAUAUUGCGCCAUCGUGAACCCUAUUCGUCGCCACAUGGCGGGUUUAAGCGCAAAACCACUUACCAUUUUAACGGCAUCCCUUAUUUGGGUCUUAGCGAUUGUCUUAGCUAUGCCCGCCGCGCUCUUCUCCUACGUAUCAUCUAUACCAUUAAGUGGAAACCACAGCAUUUUAAUCUGCAACCCUUUCCCCGAAGAAUUUGGGGACGCCUAUGAAAAAGGGAUGGUACUAUUUAAAUUUUUGACAUAUUACGUGAUACCGUUAUGCGUGAUAGCUGGUUUUUAUUUGGGUAUGGCGUGGCAUCUAGCAUUAUCAACCAAAAACAUCCCAGGCGAACUUCCCUGCGGUAAUCUUCACGUUGAACAAAUAAAGGCGCGCAGAAGGGUGGGCAAAAUGGUAGUGUGUUUCAUAAUCGUUUUCGUGAUAUGUUUUCUACCGUAUCACAUAUUUAUGCUGUGGUUCCACUUUUGUCCCACGGCCCGUGACGACUAUGAUGAUUAUUGGCAUGUCUUCAGGAUAAUUGGUUUUUGCCUCAGUUUCAGCAAUAGCUGCAUCAAUCCUAUAGCUCUCUACUUAAUUAGCCGCACGUUUCGUCGACGGUUUAAUAAUUAUUUAUGCUUCUGCCUACCGGGUGGCUCCGCUAUCUGCGGUAGAAAUCGAAUGGAAAGUAGUACAAUUCGCAAACACGGUGCUUUUUCACAAAGAAGUCGGCGCAUGUUUUACGAGACCAGUUUCGGUUCCACCUUCCGAAGACGUACUCAAGAAUUUAAUUCAACCGGGGUAUUUGAAAGGGCCAGCAUAGACACGACUAACAGUAAACCCACCGUCGGCGAUCGAGAAUUGCUCUCAAUAACAAAGCUGAUACGACGGAUAACCGAUACGAAGUUAAGGGACAAACUUGUAAAAGCGCACGUUUCUACUCGAAGGCAGAAGCGCGUAAGUAACACGAGAUGGACAAGCGCUGAGUCACAGAUCAUAAUGAAGAGAUAUUCAUCGGCACCUUGUUUAGAAGACGUUGGCAAUGACGUUAAAAGAACAAAAGGAAUGAAAGAAUACACAGAUCCAAAUACAAGAGAAUAUCUCCAGUUGGCUUUAGCCAGAGUUCUAGAAUUACAACGAGAGAUCAGGGAAGGCGCAUACAUCGCAGAAACUGAUAAUGGUGAUCAAGACGCAUCGGGCAGUGAUGAAGAUUUAACAAAAGAAAUCCUUAGUAAAGUAUUUCAAGAUCUACCCGGGACACCCAAUUCUCUUGCUAAAAUAAUAGACAGGGAAACACGCUGCAGAAAUCACCGUAUGGAUGCCGUUCACAGUAAAAGGAUACAAUUACUGGGUUUCGAUACUUGUCGGAGAAUGGCCCUUGAGUUCAUGAAAACCAUCAUGCAGGAAUCACGAAAUAAAUCCUCCUCGUUAAAUACGAUCGGACUCGACAAUCUUCAACGAAACGAACCGUUGCAUUCGGAAGGUAGAAUUCUAGCGAGUGAUUUUCAUAAACGGGAAUCGAACGCGCAAGAAAUUCGAGCGAGAAUGUUGAGAAGUUUGGAUUUGCAUUUGGCCGCUAAACAAAGAGACUAUACGUCCAAAUUAAUGAGAUCGGCUAUUUAAUAUUGCGUACGAUACGUUCAAGUGAAAGCGGAUUGUUGAGUGCGGAAAUUUCCAAAUUCAAUAUAUUCUUCAAUAUAUGCCGUGUUAUUGGCAUUAUUAAUAUAAUGAAAAUUCAGCGUGUAUGUUCAUACGAUAUCUCUCUCUUUACUCAUUAAAAUGGUAUCAAUAUUUCCUUCAUUCGUGAUAAUUAAAUAGGAUAAGAAUUAUAAAUGUGCAUUUAUUCAAUUUUGUUUAAAAAAUUGUUUUAAUUUUUAAUAUUUUUUUAUUUAUUAAAUUAUUUCGAGAUUUAUAUACGAAAUCUCUAAAUGAAAUCAAUAUUUUAAUUUUAGAAAAAUAGCUGAUCUCAGUUACUCACUUGCAGUAUUUAUGAAAACCUAUCUAGUCAUAUGUGUGAAAUUUGCUAGUCAUAAACUUACAUGAUUAUUCUGCAAAGUUAUUUAAUUAUUUUAUAUAGUUAUAUCUAUAUACAAUUGUAUAUCUAUAUACAAUUAUAUAUUUAUGCUUAUAUGUAUACCAGCGGUACUAUUGGUCUUUAAUAUUAUAAGAAAAUUAUGAGAGAGUACGAUCGUAGUUCCCUUUGCUUAUGAUAGAUAUUAAUAAAAGAAAGAAGUAAUAAAAAUGUGACUUUUGGAAUUGAAAUAAUUGUAGUUGUGAUUUGAUUCACAUUAUAUCUAAUUAUAUUCUUUGCCGAUUUUCAAAGAGUUCCGCAAUAUUUAAAACUUAAAGUUCAUGAAAUU